AUGACACGGGCGCAACAAACGGGGGAAGCGUAUCCAGACCUCAGUAUCAUGAAGAGAGAGCUUGAGAGGACUCAGCGGGAGAGGAACAAGGCGAAACUUGAGAGGGAUCAAGCGGUCGUCGAAAAGGACCAAGCGCGGAGGGAACUGGAUAUGUUGAGAGCUGAACAUCUACAGGCAGAAAGAGUACGAGAGAAUGCCGCGAAUUGUGAGCAGCUGAAGUCGGAGCUUGAAAGGAUCCAGCAACGACAACGCGAGCUUGACAUGCAGAAAAGGGCUAGGCCCAAAGAGCGGGUGGUUAUGAGGUUGUUGGAGGUGUGGAUACCAACUGAGUCAGCAUCCUCCCUGCGUGGUCUAGAGACACAAGAAUUGCGGAUUCAAAUGGAUCCGGCCAUUCUUACGGAGUGCACCAUUCCUUACAACAUGAAAGCAGACCAACAUGCAAUGGAGAUGAAUACAAAAGUGCGAAACCUGAACGAAAUAAUCAGGCAGAUACACCAAAGGAGCGUCCUCCCCGUUGGACUGUUGGACGUGGCCGAGCAAAUGGAGCUAUCUGCUUUCCCUGACAAUGCAUCCUCGGAUAGGAUUCACUUUGACAGGUCCAGAGGGGUGGAAUGGUUAAAUGACGUCUUCCAAAGGCACAUUAGCGCAUUGGAGGCAGAGUUGCUAGAGACGGCCCAAGUCACGUUCGGACCACCUCCAAAUCCACCCUUCUUCAACCCGAGGGCGUUGUCCAGUCGCUUGGGAGCGAUGGCCGAUUCUAGAGACAGUUCGAGGAACUGCCGGACCAAGUUGCCGGGCGCCGCACCCAUGGAGGCCGAGGAGGCAACGUCAUCAACUCCUCAGGGAUCGAUAAUAUCCUCGGUGGUGGUGGCGGAGAAGAAGAAACCGGAGAGGUCAGCGGAGACCAGUAGGUCGAGAUAUGUGGAGAAGGUGAAGGAGCUGGACUUGGAAGAUCUGGAGUGCAGGCUAGAGUUGGCGGAAGCUUUGAGUCUUGAGCGGGUGUCGCACGAAGACUUGGGUAGACACCAUAUGGAGUUGACCAUCACAAGCUCCACCAGUAAAUCUAGAGGGCCGAGCAAUGAAAGGAAAAACGUGGCCGCAGCGGAGAAGCAGCUGGAGUCGAUGGUGUAUCGACUGACACAAGAGAGAGGCAGAUGGCCCUUCCUGACACCAAGGCUGGAGAACGCCACGGAGCAGACAAGAGAAGAUGCCCCACCUCUGGUGAAGCAAAUCUGGGAUUUUCUUGAGGAGCAGCUGGAAGUGGUCGAGAAGAGGGAAAUGACGGUGGCCAGAAUCGUCACAGCAGCCAACGAAGUCACGAUUGGAGGAUUCUGGAGGGAGCACGCAAAGGACGCUGCUAGUGCAGUACCUACUGAUGCAAAACCGGCACCUGACUGGUGA